AUGGCGUGUGCGGUGCGCCUUGCUGUCAAGGAGGCAAACUGCCAGCAUAUCAUGGCUUUCAGUCUGUCGGUUUGUCGCGCUCUCCAAGAGUGGUUUGAGGCGGAUGAUCUCCGCCGCAUCACCUUCGUCUACAUCCCAUCUGCUUUGCAGUGGGAUAUCCAUGGUGAGGCACACAAGUAUGUCACCGAACUUAAAGUCAGGGUUGGACGUCGGAAGACGGACAAUUCUAUAGACGCGCUACGCUCUCGAGCUGCGCACUCAGUCCUGGAUUCGUGGAGCUCCACUUUCCAGGAUCCAACCUACCGAGGCUCUGAAUUCCUAGAGCUUCAACUGGCCACGCGCCCAUUGGAGCGUAUUACUGUCACUUCAAGAUCAACGAGCCUCACGGCUGCACUUGCGGGGCUGCUUUGCAGUCCCGUCAGCAUAUUCUCUUUCGCUGUCGCGAUCGCUACUCCGUGCAUUACCCCCGCUUUCUUGGGGAUAUUGCAUCUUUUAUGA